CAAACUGUGCUUCGGUCUAUUUUCUGUUUUUCGGCAUUCAGUUGAUCACAGCAGCUGCCUGUGUGUGCAAGUAAGGAAGUGAGCAUUAUUUAUACAGUUACCGGUUUAAAGAUCCCUCACUUUGCUCACUGAACAGUUAACAGUUAGCCGUUAACGGUUUCGCCAAGUCAUCAUGGUUGAGCUGGAGAAACUGAAAAAGAUGACAAUAUGUCAUAUGAUAGUUGCCAUCACAUUCUUCACCAGCGGCAUUGUCUGUAAUAUUGCACAAUUGCUGCUGGUGAUCCUUGUGAAACCCUUUAAUCCCGUACUGUUCCGGAAACUCAUGUACUAUCCAUGUUAUGCCUUCUAUUCCCAGCUGGUUUGUGUCACGGAAUGGUAUGGAGGCGCCAGAUUGCGGAUCUACAUGGAUGCCGAAACGGAGAAAUAUGCGGGCACGGAGCACGGAUUGAUGAUAAUGAAUCAUUCAUACGAAAUUGACUGGUUGGUCGCCUGGAUGAUGCUGGACAAGUUCCAGUGUCUGGGCACCGCAAAGGCGUUCGCCAAGAAGGCUCUGGGUUAUAUGCCCAUUGUGGGCUGGGCCUGGCGUAUGGCCGAGUUUGUCUUCCUCAACCGGGACUUUGACAAGGAUAAGGAAAUUAUUGCCAGGCAGCUGAAGAUUGUUUAUUCCUAUUCAAAUCCAACUUGGCUGCUGUUGAAUGCCGAGGGCACAAGAUUUACUCCAACAAAACACGAGGCGUCCGUCAAGUUUGCCCAGGAACGAGGCAUGACUGUACUGAAGCAUCAUCUGAUCCCGCGGACAAAGGGAUUCACGACCAGCUUACCCACACUGCGUGGCAUCUGUCCAGCUAUUUAUGACAUCAAUUUGGUUUUUAAGAAGGACGCCAAGGUGCGACCAAAUAUAAAUUCUGUGCUAAGUGGAGAUCAUUUGGAGCCGAGCAUGUUCAUUCGAAGAAUCCCAUUGGAUCAGGUGCCCACGGAUGAGAAGGCAGCCGCUGAAUGGAUGCAGCAGCUGUAUGUCGAGAAGGAUAAAAUUGUUGACAGUUUCCAUGAGACGGGCAGCUUCUUUAAGCAGUCUGGAUUUAAGGAAGUUCCCGUCAGGAUCUGCCAGCCACGUCUCAGCAGUCUCCUUAACUUUGCUGUGAUUGCACUUGCAACCAACUUGUAUAUUCUUUAUUACCUGGUCUCAUCCCUGCUGGCAGCCAAUUAUUUUGGCUUGACAACUGCUAUCUUGGUGCUCGGUCUAUUUUUCCUCUUGUUGAGAAAAGUCUCAAACAUGUCAAAGAUCAGCAAAGCUUCCACCUACGGAGCUGCCGAGGGAAAACCAAAAUCCAACUAGUUUUAAA